GGGCCCGAACCUUUCACGCUGGACAGCCGUAGAGCCCAUCUCCUCUUUUGUCGCAAAGACACCUCUUCAACAGCAACAAAAACAACAAAAAAAGUGUCUCUUCAAGUAACCAUCACCAUGCAGCAGUGGCAGCUUCCCAAGGGCGGCGCGGGCGUGGCCAGCAUGACGCUGCACAAGGACAUCUCCAUCCCCACCCCCAGCGGAUCGCAGAUGGUGGUGAAGAUGAAGGCGCUCUCGUUAAACUACCGCGAUUCUUUCGUCGCUGAGACCAACUUCAUGCCGGACACGCUGGACAACGUCGUUCCCAUCUCGGACGGCUCGGGCGAGGUGACCGCGGUGGGACCGGCGUGCACCCGCUUCCAGGUCGGUGACCGCGUCGCCUUCGUUCUCUGCCCCGGCAACUACGAGGGAGACCAGAUUGAGGGGACGGGCUUGCAGCCCUGCAUCGGUGGCAGCCGACAGGGCGUUGCGGCGGAGUACGUGCUGGCUGAGUCCGGGAAGGAGCCGGGUGUGUGA